AUGAACAUCGUGCGGGGCGUCGCCGAUUAUCUCCGCAAGGCGCCACCUCCUCCUCCCCCCGCACCGGGCAGUGAUGCGGCGCCUACCACCUCCUUCCCCGCCGGCGACUUCGACGACGCGCCCACCCCGUGCGUCGUCUUCAGUGGUAGUCUGGAGGAGGGAGCCUUGAAUGUACUUUGGAAGAAUUAUGAGAAUGCACUUGAUAAGGACGAGAAGGAAAAAUCUCUUCAAAUUUUUGUCUUGCAAUUUGUAGAGACAUUCAGAGAUUGGGGACCACACCCAAUUGAGCAACUGGUUGAUCAAGAAUUAGGAAACAAUGAAACAAUUGUAGGAUGCUCUUGCGGGCAUCCUUCUGAGGUCAUUCUUAUUCUGAUUCAGGAGAUUUCUCUAAUUACAUCAACUUUUACUCAAAGUGGCAACAGUCCGGUAUCUCCUACAAUUCAUCAUUCAGGGCAACAAAAUAACCUGGGUUUGAGCUCACAGAUAUUUCAAGUUCUGGAGUGUUUGGAAAUUCUGACUCGCUCCUUGCAUAACUGUAAAGUAUUCAGCUACUAUGGUGGUGUACAGAAGAUUGCUUCUCUACUAAAAGCUGCUGUUGCUCAGCUCAAAAACUUGAACAGGUUGCUGGCUGCAGAAGAUCAAUCUUCAGAUGAAGCAGUGGAAAAUGCUAGGCUGAUGCUAAAUAUACUUGUAUGCAUAAUCACUAUAAUUUCAAACUUCAUGAAGUUGGAAAUAACUGUUGGAAGGAUUCCCCAUAUUGCCGAUACCACAAAGCAUACCCCAUCAAGCAACCAUUUGGCUGCAGUCACGUCUAGCUCUCCUGAUAGAACCAUUUCUGAUACACUUCGACAUUGGCAGCAGAAGGCAAUUGUUCUUGUGAUGGAAGCCAGAGGUGUCAACUGGUUAGUAGAACUAUUACGUGUCGUUCAAAGGUUGAAUUUGAAAGAGCAGUGCAUUGAUCUCACACUCCAUUUUAUUACUUUGUGCACUCUGCGAUCAACUGUUUCUGGUACUCGUGCUCAGAAUCAUCUCAGAAGCAUUGGUGGGCUGGAAAUUCUAUUAGAUGGACUUGGACUUCCUUCUAGUAAAUUUUCAGUUUUGAGGCAAUCAUCUAUCUCAAGAAAUGAAAGGGCUGAAAUACUUCUGCUCCAGAUACAGUAUUUGCAAACUCUGAGUGAGGCAGUAUUUGGCAACGUCAACAAUUUGAAAAUUUUAUGUGAAAAUGGACGGGUACACAAAUUCGCAAACUGCAUUUGUUGGCCUGCAUUUAUGAUUCAGAAGUUCCAUCGGCAAAAGGAUAAUACCAAAGCUUCACCUACACUAGAUUCUGUCUCUGGUCCAAUUUAUUGUCUUGAUAGAACUGAAUGGAUUGACUACUCUAUAAAAUUGAGCAAUGCCCUUUGUUCUUUUGUUCUUCCUUCGGAGGAUAUCGGACACUGUUCUGAUGAAAUAGCUGUCAGCCAAAUUGUAUUAUCCAUCCCAUUGGCAUACCUGGAGCAAUCUGUGAGAUGGAUCAUAAGGAUUCUUAUGACCGUCUUUCUAUGUAUCAGAGCGUGUACCAAGGAAACUGAGCUGCCAAACCACAUAAAGAUUUUUUCAAAGACCCUUCAAUAUUACGUGAUUCGCAUGUUCAAAAGAGUUCUUAUUUCAACACCAGCUCUACUCCCAGCUUUCCGAGAGGAAGGUGUUUGGGACCUGAUAUUCUCAGGGAAUUUUUUCUACUUUGGUUCAUCUGUAGAAGACACUUGUUUUCAUACUGUUACAGAUAUUCAAAAUGGUGAUGUUAACAGUAACCAAAUAUCUAUUCAUUCUGAAAGCUUGUAUCGUACCGAUGUUAAAAUUCUUCAAGCGGAAGCUAUUUCCUUCUUGGAGUUUGCUGCAACACUCCAUGAAAACACAUAUAACACGCCAGAAUGCUCGGCACUGCUAGAUGCACUUGAACAUUGCAUUUCUGAUCCUUUGGCAGUUAGCACUCUUCUCAAAAGCUUCCGUGUUAUUCUACAACUUGCGACAGAACAUACUCUAGCUUCAUUUGAAUCUUUGGAUGUAAUUACAAGAGUCCUUAAGGCUGCUUGCCGUCAGGCACAAGAGCUACGAAACUUCAGCAAUUUUCUUUGUUCUCAAUUUAAAAAUAUUGAAGGCAGAACUGAGGACGCUCUUAUAUGUACAGAAUUAGCUUUGAGCCUCUUUAUGGAAUAUGUCACUAUAUCGAUAGAUGGAAGAAUUCUCGUUUUGCACAAUGCUGACUGUAUUGAGUGCUUAUUUGACUUGUUCCAUGAACAGAACAUUGAAAGCAUGUGCUGGAGCAAGUUCUUGCCUUAUUUAGGUACUAUCAAAAUCUGUUUUGCACAUGACGAAGGGUGCUUUCUUCAUAUUAUUUCCUUAUUGAAUGGAAAUUUCAAUAAGGUGACUGAUGAAUGGCUUGUCCUUAAUGUCCUUCAGACCUUAACUUUAUUACUUGAAGGGAAUGAUGCAUCUAAGGGUGCCUUUAGGUUAGUAGUUGGUGCAGGUUAUCAAACAUUACAGAGCCUGGUACUGGAUUUCUACAAAUGGUCGCCAAGUGGGAGACUCUUGGAUGCAUUGCUUUGCAUGCUGGUUGAUUGCAAGUUUGAGUUAGAUGAGAAAACAACUAUAAAGAAUGAAGAUGCUGUUGUAUUACUUCUAAAUAUUUUGCAGAAGGAAAAGGAUGAUACAGUUAUUGCUAUUGCAGAGUUAAUACAGAUACUUGGUGCACACAGUAUAUGUGGCAAGGACAUCCGGAAAAUCUUUGCCCUUUUGCGUUGUGAGAAGAUUGGUGCCAAACACAAGCACAUGUCUUUGCUUCUGACAAGUCUCAGUCACAUGCUGAAGGAAAAGGGGCCAGAAGCUUUCUUUGAGUUCAGUGGCCAUGAUUCUGGUAUAGAAAUAAAAUCACCCUUUCUAUGGCCUUACAAUAGAGGGCUAUCUUUUUCUUGCUGGUUAAGGGUUGAAAACUUCCCAGACAGUGGCAUGAUGGGCCUUUUCUCCUUUUUCACAGAAGACGGAAAGGGGUGCUCAGCUGUUCUUAACAGAAGUGCUUUAGUAUAUGAGUCUAUCUAUCAAAAACAUCAGUGUGUUUUGUUACCACUCAAGCUCCCACCAAAGGAAUGGAGAUUCCUUUCUGUUACUCAUACAAUUGGGAGGGCUUUCUCUGGAGGAAGCCAACUGAGGUGUUAUGUAGAUGGAGAGCUAGUAUCAUCCGAGAAGUGUGGGUAUGCAAAAUUCAACGAAGCAAUGACUCACUGCACCAUUGGCACAGAAUUGAUGCCUGUUGGUGACGAAUCUAUCUCAAUUGGUUUCGAAAAAACUUUUGCCUUCACAGGUCAAAUGGGCCCAGUCUAUGUGUUUUCUGAUGCACUUUCUUCAGAGCAAGUAAAGGGCAUAUAUUUUCUGGGACCAAGUUACAUGUACUCUUUCCAUGGUGAUGAUUGCUACAGGGGAAUUCUUGAUGCUAGAGACGGCCUUUCAUCAAAGAUAAUUUUUGGUUUCAAUGCACAGGCUAGUGAAGGUCGGAGUUUGUUCAGUGUGUCAUCAGCACUCAAUAGUGCUGACAGAAAUACAUUUGAAGCAACAAUUAUGAGGGGGACAAAGUUAUGCUCACGACACUUGCCUCAGGAUAUUAUUUACUGCGUUGGUGGUGUCUCUGUAUUUUUCCCACUCUUCACUCAAUUUUUUGAUGCUGCAAGUGAUAUUGAGAAAUGUUGCCAUACAUCUGUUAUCAAUGAUAAAUUAGCGGCUGAGGUCAUUGAGCUAGUCGCAACUGUUCUGGAUGGAAAUGUAUCAAAUCAACAACAGAUGUAUCUACUUUCUGGGUUAUCUAUUCUAGGCUUCUUGCUUCAAUCAGCUACCCCACAGCUGUUAACAACCAAAACUCUUUCCGCACUGAAGUAUAUGUUUGACAUUCUGAGGAAGUGUGGCAUGUCAAAAGUUCUCCUCAAAGAUGCUAUCUCACAAAUUUAUUUGAAUCCUCAAAUAUGGGUAUAUGCAAGCUAUGAAGUACAAAGAGAUCUCUAUUUGUUUGUGAUAAAAUAUUUUGAAACAGAUGGAAGGCUUUUACCGCUUCUAUGUGGACUUCCUUGGGUUAUUGAUAUUGUGUGCCGAUAUUACUGGGAAAAGGCAGAUUCUAGGCAUGUUGUUGCUUCCAAGCCUUUGCUUGAUCCAGUUACCAAACGAGUUAUUGGAGAGAGACCUAAGGUAGUUGAAAUUCGCAAGCUUCGUCUUCUCCUCCUGAGUUUAGCAGAAAUGAGCUUAAAGCUAAAAGUUUCUCCAGAUGACAUAAGAGCGCUUGUUGCUUUUUUUGAGAGGAGUCAAGACAUAGCAUGUAUCAGCGAUGUACUGGACAUGAUCAUCCGUGCUCUUUCACAGGGUGCAGUUUUUUCAUCAUUUGUUGAGAAUGUAAAUUACCUUGGUGGUUGUUGCAUUUUCAUUAAUCUUCUUAAAAGGGAAUUUGAGCCAGUCCGUUUGUUGGGGCUUCAGCUCCUUGGAAAACUUUUGACUGGGAUUCCUUCUGAGAAGGAAGGAACGAAACUAUUUACCCUACCCUUAAGGAAGUCUAGACCCAUGUCUGUAAACUUAACAAAAGAAAUAACAGCUGCACCUCAGUUGUUCUUGAAUACAAUGUCUGAAAGGCUAUUCAAAUUUCCACUAUCAGAUAACUUAUGUGCCGCACUUUUCAGUGUUCUUAGUGGAACCAGUGCACAACAGGAGCACAGUUGGAACUCUUGGCUUGAAACAUCCACAAAGCUUGAUGUAUUCAAGGACUACAAAUCAGUUUCUAAAGGCGAGCCUGACGAUGUGAAGACAGAUGAACUAAGUCUUGGACAGCUAUCAAGUUCUGAUUUGCUGAGGGACAUACUUGAUGAUAUUGCUGGGAGCCUGCUUCAGAAAUCUGUGGAAGAUAAUAUUUUCCUUUUACAGCCUUGCUGUGAUAACUUUCUAUCUCCCAGUAUUUCGGAGGAAUCUUCACAUGAUAACAUAUGGAAAGAAGAUAUUAAGUCAACAGUAAAUGAUAUUUUAAAUACCGAGAGCAAUGGUCACUGUACAAGAUUUUCUGAUGUAAAUAAAAUCAGUGAUGAUUGGUGGAACUUCUUUGACAAGGUGUGGAGUAUUAUACGUAAUUUGAAUGGAAAAGGACCAAGCAAAAUUGUACCAAAGGAUCCAAAUGUUGAGGUUGCAUCUUUGGGGCAAAGGGCACGUGGACUGGUGGAGUCUAUGAAUGUCCCUGCUGCAGAAAUGGCUGCUGUUGUAUCUGGUGGUGGAGGUAUUGGUACUGCAUUAGGUAUAAAAAUGAACAGAUUUGCUGAGAAAACUACAACGUCAAGGGAAGAGAUAAUUCCAAGAAUUUUCUUCCACCUUGUGAUUCUGUACCUCUGCAAAGCUGGAUUAGAGAAUGCAUCCAAGUGUGUUCUACAGUUCAUGUCGUUGCUUCCGAUUCUUCUUAUUUCAGAUGAUGACCAAAGCAAAAAUAAGUUGCACUUUUUGAUAUGGUCUUUAUUAACUGUAAGAUCUCAGUAUGGGCAGCUUGACGAUGGCGCUCGUUUCCAUGUUUUUUCGCACUUGAUUCUUGAAACUAUCAUAUAUGGAAAGUCCAUGUUGGUCACUAAUAUCUUAGGAAGAGAUGACUCCGUGGACACCAACAACAACAAGGAGACUGGCUUCAUCCUUAGCUUUAUACAGAAGGAUCGUGUUCUUGCCGCGGCUGCUAAUGAGGUUAAGCACAUGAAGGCUGUUCAGGCUGAUCGCUUAAAGCAGCUGCAGGAACUUCGCUUGAAGCUUAACGAGUGUUCUGCAACGGAGAUACAGCUAGUGCAGGCCAUUGAAGAUGAGAUACAUUUUACUAUCACUGCUGCCCUUUCAGCAGAUGACAGUAGAAAAACAGCUUCUCAACUUUCUUUUCGUGAGGAUCAGCAAAUUAUCAGGGAUAAGUGGAUACAUAUUUCCCGUGCUCUGAUGGAUGAGAGAGGACCAUGGUCUGCUAACCCUUUUCCAAAUGAUGUUGUGACUCACUGGAAACUUGACAAGACAGAGGAUAGAUGGCGGCGGCGGUUCAAGCUCAAACGUAAUUACAAAUUUGAUGAACGCUUAUGUCAACCUUCACAGUCAAGGAAUGAAAUUACAACGUCGUCAGCUGACCAACCGUACAUCAGUGCCAAAAUUCCUGAGAAAAUGAAGCGAUUCCUUCUUAAAGGAGUGCGGGGAAUCACAGAGGACAGUAGUUAUGAACCAUUUGAAGACACUAACGAUGCGAGUGAAUCUUCCCAGAGUAAUCCUUUAGAGAGCCAAAACCUGAAUAAUGCUGCAGAUACCUCUGAUUAUCAUGCUGCUGUACAUUAUAAAAAAGAGCCAUCAUCUACUAAUGGAGAUAAUGAUUAUACAAAGGUGCUAUGUUCAGUUCGUUGUGUUCUUGUAAACCCAAAGCGAAAAUUAGCAGGACAAUUGGAUAUCACACGAACUGUCAUGCAUUUUUCUUUUGAAUUUUUGGUCGAAGGAACUGGAGGAUCAUCUGUUUUCAGCAAGUUUAAAGACAAAAAAGAUUCAGACUGCAAGAAUGAGCUGGGAGGUGUGGACAGACUUGAUGGAUGCCGAGACAGUAUGAUUAAAACCAAUGGUGUUUUGAUGCAAAACCAGUCUAACAAAAUCAAACGUCACAGAAGGUGGAACAUAACCAAGAUAAAAGGAGUUCAUUGGACACGCUACCUACUGCAAUAUACUGCAAUGGAGAUCUUCUUUGAUGAUUCAAGUGCACCUAUAUUUUUAAACUUUUCCUCCCAAAAGGAUACUAAAAAUGCUGGGUCUCUGUUAGUUUCUCUUAGGAAUGAAGCUUUGUUCCCUAAAGGAAGUACCAAAGACAAAAAUAAUAUCAUUUCAUUCGUCGACAGGCGAGUUGCACUUGAAAUGGCUGAGAAUGCCAGGGAAAGAUGGAAAAGGAGGGAAAUCAGUAACUUUGAGUAUCUUGUGAUUUUAAACACCCUUGCUGGAAGAUCGUACAAUGACUUAACUCAGUAUCCUAUAUUUCCAUGGGUAUUGGCUGAUUACACCUCAGAAAAGCUUGAUUUCAACAAGUCAUCGACUUUUAGGGAUCUUUCAAAACCAGUUGGUGCGUUGGAUGAAAACCGCUUCAAGGUUUUUGAAGAUAGAUAUCUUAGUUUCUGUGACCCUGAUAUACCAAGUUUUUAUUACGGAUCUCACUACUCUAGCAUGGGAAUCGUUCUUCAUUACAUGCUUAGGCUCGAGCCAUUUACAGCUCUGCAUCUAAACUUUCAGGGUGGCAAGUUUGACCAUGCAGACCGUUUGUUCCAGAGCAUUGAGAGCGCUUACAUAAAUAGCUUAUCAAGUACAAGUGAUGUCAAAGAGCUUAUUCCAGAAUUCUUUUACAUGCCCGAGUUUCUUGAAAAUUCAAAUUCAUAUCAUCUUGGUGUUAAGCAGGAUGGGGAACCUAUAGGCGAUGUUGCUCUCCCUCCAUGGGCAAAGGGUUCGCCUGAAGAAUUCAUCCACAUCAACAGAGAAGCCCUUGAAAGUGAAUAUGUGAGCUCUAAUCUCCAUAACUGGAUUGACCUCAUAUUUGGUUACAAGCAGCGUGGACAGCCAGCUGUUGAGGCAGCAAACAUAUUUUACUACGUGACAUAUGAAGGUGCAGUUGAUCUGGAAAAUAUGGAUGACAUGUUACAUAAAUCUGCUAUUGAGGAUCAGAUAGCGAAUUUUGGACAGACACCAAUCCAGAUUUUCCGGAUGAAACAUCCAAGAAGAGGACCUCCCAUCCCAAUUGCUCAUCCACUGUAUUUUGCACCACAGUCGAUAACAUUAACUUCAAGUGUUUGUAGUACAGUCAGCCACAUGUGUGCUAUCCUAUUCAUUGGUUUGUUGGAGAACACUGUUGUAUUGAUGAAUGAGGGACUCAUAUUGUCAGUAAAGCUGUGGUUAACAACACAGCUGCAGUCAGGUGGAAAUUUCACAUAUUCUGGACCACAGGAACAUUUAUUUGAAAUUGGUUCAGAUGUUAUCUCUCCUCGUAAAAUUGGCACUUUCCUUGCCGAAAACGUUAAGUUUGGAAGACAAUGCUUAGCAACAAUGCAAAAUAGUUGUGAUAAUUAUUUGAUUUUAUGUGGAAAUUGGGAGAACAGUUUCCAAAUAAUUUCUCUUAGUGAUGGAAGAAUUAUGCAGAGCAUCAGGCAACAUAAGGAUGUUGUUAGCUGUGUUGCAGUUUCGUCUGACGGAAACAUGGUUGCAACUGGUAGUUAUGACACAACUGUUAUGAUCUGGCAUGCAUUUCGAGGAAGACCAAUUGAUAAGAAAAUGAGGGGUGCCAAUUUUGAACUUUCAGAAAAGGAACAUGUUAUAGUGGAAAGGCCUGUUCAUAUCUUAUGUGGUCAUGAUGACAUCAUAACAUGCUUAUUUGUUAGCGCUGAACUUGACAUUGUAAUCAGUGGUUCAAAAGAUGGGACUUGUAUUUUUCAUACACUGCGUGAAGGGAGAUAUGUUCGGUCCAUCCAGCAUCCUUCUGGUGUUGGUUUAUCAAAACUGGUAGCAUCACAGCAUGGGAGGGUGGUAUUAUAUUCUGAGAAUGACCUCUCCUUGCACAUGUACUCCAUCAAUGGACGACAUAUUGCUUCUUCAGCAACCCUUGGACGUCUCAAUUGCAUAGAACUUAGUUGUUGUGGUGAUUUCAUUGUUUGUGCUGGUGAGCUUGGACAGAUAGUCUUACGCUCAAUGCAUUCUCUUGGUAUUGUUUGGAGGUAUGAUGGAACUGGGAAGACAAUUACUUCCCUAGCUGUGACUCCUGAGGAGUGCAUCCUAGCAGGAACCAAGAAUGGUAGACUGCUGGUAUUUUCAAUAGAAACUCCUCUCCUUCGCAGGGGGAGCAUGCAACGAAAUAGAAUAAAGCCCUCCACAACUGGUUAA